AUGAAUGACUUAAUUAUCAUGAGUGACUUGAGUGAAGUAAAGUCCCAGAGGCAAGGAAAGCACAUGACGUGCACGGAUAAACAGUCGCCCCGCUCGCGUUCGCUGCCUCGGCGCAUUUCAACCCUUAGCGCUCUGAUCCCUUGUCUGCCGUUGACCUUUUGCAAGCCAGAGUGGGUUGUGACAAGGCCUUUACAAAGCAUGGCUACCACUGAAGGUCCUGCUAGGGUGCAUGCAGACCGCAAUGCCCGACGUCGCCCAUUCUCAACUUGGAUGAAACGUCUGGCAAAUCUCAAGAGCUCUUCUGACUCUACUUCGAAUCGAUGGUCUCACAAGCGCUACACUGGUAUCAAGGGCAAGAAAGGCGACCAAGCCAAUAACCCAUACCCGCUCUCAGGAACAAUCAAUCGUCACACAGCAAGUCAGACACCGACUGAGUCAUACACAGAUGAACGUUAUGGCGAAGAUUCUCACUCAAGGAGCGAUCCGUCCUUGAUUUCUUCAGGAUAUGAAAACCCCGCCCCCCUGACAAGCGCAAAAUCCGCCGCACCAACCAUUUCAACCAACGGCGACGCCGCAUUCUCCGAGGCCGCGUAUUCAAAGGCAGGGACGGUGACAACUGGCACAGAAGGAUUUAGUACACAUGGAGGAGGUGAAGGCAGUACUUUCUCGUCACCUGCGCCCAGCGUCCGCUCGUUGGCCACUACCCUGACGACCGUGCACUCCGCGGCGCCCUCGACCCAAUUGUACAAUGCACAGAACAGCCAUGGACACCACCACGGCAACUCAAACCAAGGCUCCUCGAACCAGGGCGUUCAAUUCUCCCACCAAUUUCCUUCAAAUUCGUCUCCGGCUACAGCAGUUCCCUCACACUUGGUCCCCCAAAAUCAUGGCAUGACCUACAGCGCAGCAAUUGCGAACAAUGUCUUGACCGAUAACGCUUCUGUGCUUACCCUGGCGAGCUCAUCUAAGCGCCGCCGCCGUAAUUCUCUGGAUACCAACGCAUCUGUGCGCGGGUUGGCCCCAUCCUCGGUUUUCGGCGGUAGCCGUGAAAGCUUGCCACUGAGUGUAUUGAGUGGAAACACAGCUGAAGCAUCAAAUACCUCCAUAUUCAAUGCCUCUGGUGUAUUAAGCCGACCGAGCAUUGUCGGUCUUGCUAGCGCCGAGCGCAUUAGUGUCUAUUCAGCCACUGGCGCAACACCGCUCGCAGCAACCACCGCAGAGCGGGGCAGCCUGUACACCAAACAAACUGCUGGUGAAGCGACAAGUAUUCGCAGUGGCGCACAAUCCCACAGCCGCAAUGAUAGCACCGCUGCCAGUACUGCAGGAGGUGUGAGUAGUCCUCUUGCCAUGACUGGUCGCAUCAGCCGCAGGAGCUCCGGCUGGGGCGAAAUCACUGGCGAGGAAGACAACAACGAGGAGAAGCCGGACGAGAAGAAGGGUGAGGAAGACCUCGGAGCCAAUUAUGAAAACGGUACUCUCGAUGAGACACCGAAGAAAUAA